GGUUCUGUCAUUAAACGGCAAGAACGUUCCAUCAGAGAUGAAGGUAAUAUCCAGACACUGGACUGUGCUGCAAUCGAAAAAGACCGAAGCAAAUUCAAGGAAUUGUUUUGGAAAGUGGAAGGAUCGGUUAUCGGUUACUGUAACCGUAAUAAAUGUGGGACAUCGAAAAGUUUUCUGGAAGACAAGAGGAUUCAGGUGUUGGGCAUUUCCAAGGGCACCUUGAGCAUAAAACGCACCUUGCCACAGAAAAUGACGGGUCAAACUGUGACCUUUGUUUGUGAAGUGCACACAACUGACUACGGUGACGUCCGCGUAUCUGAAGCCAAGAUCAUUUACUCUUUAGAGUGUAAGUAA